AUGUAAUACCAAACCUUUAAGCCAACAAUUUUGAAUGAUUCUACAAAUUAAUAAUAAUAAGGAAUAAUAAGACCUAGUGUUAAAUUUGAGAGUCGAAAAAUAGACCAAACAAAUAGCAUUGAUGAAAAUAAAAAAUCUAUUGCUAAAUAAAUAGAAUCAAUUGAAUAAAUCUAGGAAAUUGAGGAAUAAAAAUCAAUAAUUGAAGGAUAAAAUCAAUUUAUUCAGAUCUUAAGAAAUUCAAUUGAAAGUAAAUUAUAGAUUGAAGGAUUUUAAAUAAUAUUAGAAUAGAUUGAUAAUAUGUCGAGGGAAUAGAAAAUCGAUUUAUUUGCAUUAAUUACUUAGUUAUAUUAGGAAUUGUCAAUUUAGAAUUAAUAAAAUACACAAGUUGACAAUUUAUAACAAUUAGUCGAUAAUUUAAAUAAACAAAUUAAUUGUUAUGCCAAAGAGUUAAUGGAAUUAAAAGUUGAUAAAUAAUAUUUGUUGGAUUAACUUGAUUAAUUAUAGGGAGUAACUAAAGAUGAUGAUAAUAUUUUAUUUAAGGAAGCUUUAAUAUCAAAAUUAGAAUUAGAGAAUCAGCAUCUCAAAACAUAAAUUCAAUAAUUGAAUUAACAAAAUGAAAAAUACUAAGAAGAUUUAACUUAAUUGGAGAAAAGACUUAACAAAAUUCAUCUAAAUCUAAAAACUGAAGAAUGUGAAAAAGAAGAAUUAAUAAAAGAAUUAGAGAAUUUAAAAUAAACUUUCUAUAAAAGUCAAGUUAAAGAAGAACAUAAAUUAGAAUUAAAUUUAGCUUUAAAGGAAUAAGAGUUAGAGUUUAGUAACAAUAAAAUCAAAAAAUUAGAUGCUUAAAUUAAGGAAUUAAAUUUAGUUAUUGAGGAAUAAUAAAAAUAAAUUGGAACAUAAAAGUAUUAGAUCGAAAAUUUAUAAUAAUAACAUUAAUUAUAAUAUGAUUAAUUAGAGAUUGAAAUGAAUUAGUAUCGCAAUGAAAUUCAUGAAUAAUAAAUCUAUUGUGAAUAAUUACAAUAACAAUUAUCUGUAUCAGAAUAAUUUAUUUAAUAAAGUAAAUAUUUAUAUUUAAUAGUAAGUUAUUGAUUAAAUGAGAAAGAUGGUUAAUACAAAUGAGACAGAUAUUUUUAAUAUAUUAUAAUAACUUUAAGAUAAUAUUGCCAAUUAAACUUAAAUUGAAUUAAGAUUGAAAUAAAGCGAACAAGAAAAAUCAUAAAUAAUCUUUGAUUUAUAACAUUAAUUUACAGACUCCUAAUAAAACAACUAAUAAUUAUCUGAAUAAAUAUCCAUAUUAAGUGCAUAAACAUAAUAAUACUAGAGCGAUAUCAAAUAAAUGGAAAAAUAAAAGAGAAUGUUUAGAUUAGAAUUUGCUCAUAUGAAAUAAUUGGAUGAAUAAAAAAAUUAAGAAAUUAAAGAGUUGCAGACAUAAUUCUAAAAGUUCGAUAAAAAGUUUUCUGAACAACUAGAAAAAUCGAUAAAAAUAGAAAAAGAAAAUGCCUAAUUAAAAGAAUAAUUGUCGUUAUCUUAAUAAUAAUUAGCUAAUAUGAAAAAUUAAGUAUCUAAUAAAAAAUGUUUAAGCUUUAGCUAAUCAUCAUUUACAGAAUAAAAAGCAAAAAAUUAUGAUUACAUCGCACUCCUACAAACUGUAAACUUUAUUGUUCUAUAUAGUUUGAAAAAGUUAAGCCACUUUUUCCAUCUGAAUCUCUUGAUUUAGUAUAAGAAAUGCAUGCUUUAUAAAAUAAAUUAGUAAGAACAGAAGAAAUAGAUAGUUAAUUAAUAUAAGAGGAAAUCAAAAUAUAAUAGAAAAUAUCAAUAUAGUAACUUAAUAUAAAAAACAUGCAGGCAUACUUAACUAAACUGAUUUCUGAAAAUAAGAAAUUAAAAUUAGAAGUAUGUCAAUUAUUUAAUUAAAUAAGUUAUAAAUGAAUUAACCUAUAUAAGGUUAAUAACAAACAUAAUCAUAGGAAUGUCUAUCAUAUGAUUAAGGAAGAAGUUUUUCUAGAUUUCAUAAGUAGUCAAUGUCAGUUCAUACAAAACCAAAAUUCUAAUGA